CGUCAUAAUAUCAUAGAAGUUUGGCGUUUAAAAUAACAUUAACAUACACUGCGCUGCGUGGGCUACCAAAAUCGUACUUUUCUUGGUCCAACUUCUAGUUCAAAUUUUGGCAAAAGAACAGUGGCACACUGGCAACCCGAAUCAAAUCAAAUGUCAAAUGAAAAAACGGAUCUGACCGGACCGACCGGACCGCCACAUUUCGUACAUUGCGCGUAUAUUGUUAUAAAUUAAUAAUAAUAGACAAAUUUGUUUCUAAAGGUGUAUACAGCGCAUAUAAAUAGUUUCAUAAAUCAAAUAGCGUCUUAAGUUCAAGAAUGGAGGAUGAGGACUUUCUUCAACCAUCUCAGUUCUCCCGGACACAACAACGCAGCAACUCAACCAAUCCCUCCCAAAUGGUCACAAGCACCAUGAACCCGUCACCGAGCGGAUCGCAAGUCCGGCCGAGCCAGCCGAACCAGGCGCGAAGUCAGCCAUCAUUUCAGAACGAGCUGUCGCAGCUCCAGGAUGGGCUGAGGUUCCUUACGGAGAGAAUACAACAGCUUUCUGGAGAUAGGGGCAUCAAGCGACCAGCAGAACCUAAGCCGAACAUCAAAGAAGAAUGUCAGAUCUGUCACAAACUUUACGCCAACAAAACAACACUCUUCAGACACUACCAAGGUAUUCACAAGGAGAUGAACCCGGAGAGAUUCCACGGCUUCUCCGUUAACAGCACUGUAGUUAGUCUCGAUGCUUCUUUCAGAGAGAUACAUUGUCCUAUCUGCGCGUAUGUAGCUCCCACGCAAAGUGCACUUGAUGCCCAUAAUAGAACUACACAUAACAACGUGGUUAAUGCAAACGUAGCUCCAUCUCAAACCACUGUUGAUGCUCAAAAUAGAGUGAUUAAUAGUAAUGUAGUUUCAAAUAAUACAGCUACAGCUAACAAUAAUGUUACUAACGUUAAUAAUGAUAAUAUUAAAGAUAAAAUGCACAAAUGUGAUGAAUGCGCUUGUUAUUUUGAAGAGAAAAACAAAUUCGAUGAGCACAUGAAAGUGCAACAUGGUUUCGAAGUUGUGUGUAAGAUUUGUAACAAGAAUUUCCGCUUUAAAGACAUUGAUGGACAUGUUAAAGAGAAACAUCCCGAUGUAUAUAGCAAGAAGCGUAAAGCUAACGUUGAAAAAAUCAUUGUUGAGAAAGUGAUGAAAGGUAAGAAAGGAAGGGUACAUGUGUUUACUUGUACUAAAUGUGAUACUAAAAUGUAUGACAAGAUGGAAGCGGAAAGGCAUGCUAGAGGCCACAAAAAGGGACUUCAAGUAAAAGUAGCUCCUAGAAACAAUGUAGCAAAUGCUGAAGAAAGUGUAUCAGUAGUGAGCUUCGAUGAUGAUAACGUUAUACUUACAUGCACCAAUUGUGAUAUUUCUACAGGUUCCUAUGACGCUGCUGUUGAGCAUUCACAAAACCAUAUAACAAAGAACACACAAUUUGUGACCCAAAUCUGUGAAAUAUGCGAUUUGAAGUUUGAACCGCUAUGCUACAAAAAACACAUUGACUUGCAUUACAGAAAUAAAGAAAUACACAGAGAAUCGUUCAAAUACUUUAAAUACAGAUAUGAAUACCUGUCAUUUGAAAAUUGGUUUAACUGUUUUGAUAUGGCCGAGCCUGCAGUGAAAAAAAUGAUAUCUGAAAGCAUUUAUGCACACACACGAUCUGUCAAAAUGUGGGUAUUGCAUGAAGGUACAUACAGUAUUUACAAAUGUUGUAAAUGUGAUAAUUUUGUCGAGCCGGCCGCGGUGGACAACCAUACUGUGAACUAUGACACUUGUGUCAAAGUUAAAUGUAGCUAUCCUUGCAAUAUUUGUAAAAGGACCUUCAACAAUCGAUUGGCCAUAAACAACCAUACAAAGAAUCACAAAAGCGAAGAGGCAUAUAAGAUUGUGUUAUUUAAUAAUGACAAUGAUAAAAGAUUCAAUGAAGUACUGAAUGCUAAUAAAUUGCAAUAUACUGCCAGUACCAGUAAUGCCAGUACUAGUAAUGCCAGUACCAGUAAUGCCAGUACCGGUCAUGGUAAUAUUUCCAAGGUAAUGUAUAAAUGCCUAUGCGGCCUUUGUUUUGUAAGAAAAGAAACCGCGGAUAGCCACAAAGUUAUAUGCCCAGGAAAAUAUGGCAAAAUUCAAUGUCUAAAAUGCAACUAUUUCUUCACUCAAGAAGAGUUAGUGGCGCAUGCCUUUAUACAUAACGAGAACGGAAUAGAAAUAAUUAUUGAAAAUAUUACUCCUGAAGUUAUUAUGGUUGAUUCAGACGAGGAAAUCAUUGAAAUUGAUUCAAGUGAUGAAGACGACGCACAUAAUGAAGGUUUGAACAAUAUUCAGAUUAGAGCUAUAAAAACUGAACAUGCAAUCCAAAGUUCCAGUGACGAGGCUGGCAAACAGAACAUGAAUACGAUAGAAAUGGCAGCAGCUGACGCAGGCGUCAGAAACGAAGACCAUGAGGCUUUAGAAGCCGCUACAUUAGUUACAGAAAAAAUGGAGCGAGAUGAUACAAAUGAAGAUGAGAAUAGAUCUAAUCACGAAAUGGGAGAAAUUAAUAAUGAAACGACCGACGACGAUUCUCAAGACACAAUUUCUUAUGAAAAUAUAGAAACCUCUGACGCAGUUAACCAAGCUACUAAUAUAAACAAGCCGGGUCAGUUAAAAUUAGUUGCGCCAAAUUUAUUAAUAAACCCAUUCCAUAACCCCUUUGAAAACGGGUUUUUGAAAGUAUGGGAUAUAGGAGCGUUGAACAGAGAAAUAAACACUGAUAUCGAAAAUAUAAGAGAACAAAUUGAAACGACGACUGACAAACCAUCUAAUGAAAUAGCUGUUAAAAAAGAGAAAUCUUGGUUGUAUGAUCCUACUGAUUUUUCUCAUAUUUCUAAACGUCAGUCUUUAAGGCAAGAAAUGCGUCCAAGAUCUAGUAAUCUACUACUUCAAGAAGUGGAGUCACUAUUGACUGAUGACGAGGACAAUGAAGAAACGGUACAUAAUAGUAUACGCGAAGAUCAUACGGACAAUGUAUCUAGCAAUGCGCCAACUGUUAUAGAACAGACUGUUAAUGGUACAAAUGAUGAAGAGAUAUUCAAUGAAAUAUCACAUAUUAAUAAUCUCAAUGAUAAUACACAUGAAAUUUUAAACAACGUUGAAGAAAUACGCGACAGAAUUGAAGAUAAAGAAAAUGACGCCCAAACAGAGUUGAACAGUAAUGAUAGGCACGGGGUUAAUAUAAAUAACUCAACUCGAAUUCUAAAUGAACAAAUAGAAAAUAAUGAAGAUCAAAGUGACGACGAUCUUUUUCUUCCAUCUCUACCACCAGGCAUUGAAAAUCGUGGACACAUGGAGCUUAAUCAUAAUCAAGAACAAAUUCCUAAAGAUACGAAUGAAAAAGUAUUUAACGCAGUGAACUUUUCUAAUGAGACGAUAGCUAAUGACGCAACUAAUGUUAAUACAGAAAACCCAACAGAGAAUGCAGAAGAAACAGAACACAGUACUAGAUCUGAGAAUGAUAAUAAUGAUUCCGUUAAUGCAGACAGUGUUGUAAAUCAAACAGAAAUUGAUAAUGAUAAAGUAGGUGAAAAUGUUAAUAUGAAUUCUAGACCAUCUGUUCUCGAAGAUACACCAACAAACAUUAAUGUUACCGAAAAAGAUAUGUAUUAUAUGCCAUCCGCUCUAAAAGAUGCAUCAACAACUACUAAUGUUAUUGAUAUUAGUAGUCAUAUUCAAGUAGUUUCGACUGAUUCUCAAGAAACCCAAACGAUAGCUACAGAUAAUAUAAUUAACAUAAAAAGAGAGUUCCAAUACAUGAAUAUAAAUAUAAAAAGAGAAUUAAUCGAGGAAAAUGAAAACACUGAAAAUAGCUGUGAUAAAGAUAAUCUAAUACAAAUAAAAAGAGAACCAAAUUAUGAUUUAGAGAACGUCUAUCACGAUAAUAAAGAAAAUCACUUUAAGGUUACAGAUACCGUGAACAACGAUAACUACAAUAAUUGUAGUAUUGUAUAAAAUAACAAUAAGACUUAUUUCUUAUUCAACGUUUUGCUUUUUAAAUUAUAAUUAAUGUUUGUGUUAAGUGACUUUGAGUCGGGAACACA